AUGAAGGCAGUUAUAUUCCGAGUUGCGUUCCUCGCCGCCGCCGCCGCUUCGGUGGGUGCUCAGACGACGGAUAGCGACGACGGGUCUUCCUCGUCUACUGCUACGACGGCUUGCGCUGCCCAGAAUAUCCUCGAUACUUGUCUCUCUACGACCGAGAGCUACGUCAGUCUUUGCGAUACGACUGACUAUAUGUGCUUGUGCGAUAAGUAUACCGCCAUCUUGACCUGCUUUAACAACUGUCCCAACGACAGCCGGGCACCAAGCUACCAACAACAGAAGGAUCUCUAUUGUACGAACGCUAGCUUAUACGCCACCACCUCCGGCAACCUCACCGUCAGCCGCAGCAUCACGUCGACUUCGUCCUCGGAGACGACCACGACCAGCGAGGGCGUUGUAAAAACCGCCGACGUCACGUCUGCCGCGAGCUCUCCUACUGCCACCGAACCCACCCAGAGCGGCAACAGCGCCGGCGAGAGGGUAGUUCAUGCUGGGGGCAGACUCGCCGCUCUUGCCGGCGUCAUCGCGUAUUUCCUGUAG